AUGGCUGGAAAGGAUGACUUAUAUGAAAUUAAUGCACAUUUGGAAAAUAAAAAAAUUAUUGUAGCUAUUUUUUAUGAUUUUAAGAAGGCUUUUGAUACCUUAAAUACUGAGAAACUCUUAAACCCUUGGUUCAGCGACUGUCUCACGGCGCACUCUUACCGUGUGAAAGUCGGCGACGCAUUCAGUGAGGAGAAACAAGUAAACUGCGGCGUCCCCCAGGGUUCUGGGUGUGGGCCAGUGUGCUACCUGAUGUAUGUAAAUAGCCUCUGUGAAGUAUUACAUCACUGCUCGGCCCACAUGUUUGCUGAUGACCUUUGUACUCUGAGCGCUAGUACCGACCUCUCGGUGAUGUGUCGCCGGGUUCAAGAGGAUGUGGAUGCGGUAGUUAAAUGGUCACAUGAUAACGGCAUAAUAUUAAACGCUGACAAAACAAAGAUGAUAAUUAUUCACUCCCCGUAUUUAAGUUCUAUUGAUAAUACGCCUCCUCUUUUUGCGCACGGCUUUGAUUGCUUUCAUAACAAGAAAAUUAACUGUACGUGUAAACCUAUCGAAAAAGUUAAUUGUGUAAAUUACCUAGGAAUAAAAAUAGAUACGUCUUUUUCUUGGGAUUCCCAUAUAGAAUUUUUGUCAUAA